AUGUCUUACUUUGAGACGCGCUCUUCUGCCUCUUCUGAGAACUCCACACCAUGCUCACCAGCAUUCAGUAUUUCAUCAGUGUACAGCACUCCCAUCUCUGAGAUCGAUGAACUACAGUACUCCAGCUUGACAGUGUCUAGUCUUCGUCAAUCGAGACAUGUGCUAGUUAUUGGCGGGCUUGGUUAUAUCGGCAGUCAUACAUCGUUGGAACUCCUUCGAGCAGGUUCUAGUGUUGUGAUCAUAGACAAUCUCGACAACUCAUACAUGACGACACUAGACUGGAUCAAAGUACUAAGAGACGACUACUACUCAGCCAGUUUGUUGAGUCCAUCGCUUAUGUUCCACGAAGCCGACUAUCGGGAUGUGGACGCUAUGUCUACUAUUCUUCAUCAGUAUGGGGCUGGAUCAGCCAGCUCGGUAAUCGAAGGCGUCAUCCACUUUGCUGCGUACAAGGCUGUACCCGAAAGCAUUCAGCAGCCACUCAGGUACUAUUUCAAUAAUGUGUCUGGAAUGGUCACCUUCUGCUCGCUAUUGGACAGUCUUGACAUCAAAACGCUGAUCUUUUCCUCGUCAGCAGCCGUUUAUGGAGAGGUGACGUCCGAAAUUGGGCUGCGCAUUAGCGAGAAUCAUUGUGUCCAUGAAACUCGUGAGUGGACCAGGAUGGAUGGGAAGACCCAAGUCACAAAAGGUGGCUGUACAGCAAUCUCCAAUCCCUACGGCCGGACCAAGUGGAUGUGCGAGGCUAUUUUGAACGACUUGGCGAUAUCUGACCCAGAGUGGCGCAUCGUGGCUUUGCGAUACUUCAACCCAAUUAGCUGCGAUGCCAACCUAAUGCCUAGCUUACUGCGGGCCAUGGAUAGUCGGAUGUCACACCUCAAGAUAUAUGGCACAGAUUGGGAUACCAGGGACGGAACUGCAACGCGAGAUUUCAUUCAUGUCAGCGAUCUGGCAUUGGGCCACGUUGCAGCCCUCAAAGCGGUCGAUGAGUCGCGGCUGCGACGCGGGUCGCUCAAUACGUUCAACCUGGGCACGGGAGACGGCAAUUCGGUCAAGGAGAUCGUGUCAGCUAUGCAAACAUGUUCGGGAAGGACUAUCCCCACAGUGGAGAUAGGGCGGCGCGCUGGUGAUGUGGGGGUUGUUGUGGCGGAUCCCACGAGGGCAGCGGAAGAACUUCAGUGGAAGACGAAACGCUCGAUCGAUGAUUGUUGCAAGGAUCUUUGCAGAUUUCUUCAAAUCGAUGAUUGCAGAGCAAAGCCACAAUAUAGUUGA